UUUCCUCCUCCAUUUAAUCAAACAAUUCUACUAAAAUGGUUGCUUAACUUUUAGCCUCCUUCUAAUAAAAGUUUUCACAACAAUUUCUCCUCUUUGCCCUUCACCUACUUCCUAUAAAACCCAACAAAUUCUACUAACAAUUUCUCAAACUCUUCUCAUUACCUUCUACGAGGCCCUCAACCUCGUAGAAGUGAAUGAUCUUCUUAUCUUAUUAUUAUCAUUAAUUAGCUCAUUACAUUAUUAUCCUUAAUAGCUAACAAUCACUUCCCUAUAAUUUUAUCCUUUCAAAAUAAUAUUAUUUGGUCACAUAUAUAUUAUUAUCUAUCUCACAUUCUCACUACUAUUUCUUGGUUAAGUCAUGAAGGUUCAUUCAACAAAAAGUUCAAUAGUAGCCAAGAGGCUAUGGAAUUUCUUAAGGAUCACCUUUCUUAUGAUGAGGAAAGGCUUGAUCUCUAAGAAAAAGUUGAUUAUGGAUAUAAACUUGUUCUUUAAGCGAGGUAAACUUAUUCGCAAAUCAUUAAGCAAUCUCUUACAUCUCCACCACCACCACCACCACCAUGGCCACCAGAUGACACGUGGUAGCUUUGCUCGACGGGAGUAUGAAUUCUCAUGUAGUAAUAGCCCUAAUCCCGUUUUUUUCCACGUGUCUUCCUCGAAACGUAAGCAUAACCAUCACCACCACCACCAACACCAUCACAUUCAUUUCCCUUGCAUUAAUUCACCACUCGUUCUCGAUGAGCUCGAGUCUCAAGAUAAUUGUGAUAUAGAUCAUGUUGAUGAUAACAAUGCUAUGGUUUUAAUGCCUAAGACUCCGGAAUAUGCAUUUAAUUUACGCCUAGACGGUUAUGAUCUAGCACCUGGAGAGAUUCGUAGUCCAAUUACUACACCUUUUCCUAUUAUGAUAUCGGAUUACUCAUCAGAGGAUGAACAUGAAGAAGGCAAUAUCCAAGUUGAUUAUGAAGCUGAGGAAUUCAUUAAAAAGUUCUAUGAUCAGCUAAGAGCUCAAAGUCGUGUGCAAUUGUUACAAUAUUAGGCCAUAAUAUUGUUUCCUUUUCUUUUUCUUGGUUUUGAAUGGUAAUGUAUGUAUGUAUUCAUUACGAUGUUAUAUAAGUAAUAUAUAUAUAUAUAUGUGGGUGUACA